CACAGGAAUCACACACAAAGGAUAACGAAAAGCUCCAAGCUCUUGAGCUACAGACCAGCCAUGGAGUCCUGCACAGUCCUCCCGUUUUCUCGGAGCCUCUCCCUGCUAUCUCGGAGACACGACAGAGACGAAGCCUGUCCCUGUCCGGCUUCAUUGCGCGUCAAGCGCCGGAGCUCUCAGCCCACUCGCAUCCAUUGCCAGAAGAUGUACGUCCCCGGGUUCGGAGAAGGAUCGCCGGAGAGGAAAGCUGCGAACCACCUGCACAAGUUCUUCACUCAUAUUGCCGUCCGGAUCGUCAGCGCACAGCUGCAGAGCUAUAACCGGGAAGCGUACGACGAGCUGACGGAGUUUUUGAGCCGACACUCUAUGAACGACGGGGACAAAUUCUGCGCCGACUUGAUGAGGGAAUCCCCGAGGCACCAGAUCUUAGCUUUGCGCAUUUUAGAGGUUCGAUCGGCAUAUUGCAAGCAAGAUUUCGAGUGGGAUAACCUGAAACGACUAGCUUCCAAGUUGAUGGGUGAAGCUAACACAACGCUCAUGAGGGAGUACGUGCUGGAAACCAGUCAUGUGGAAACUGAGAGCGGGAAGUGAUCAGUUUUCUGGUCCAUUUCACCAUGUGCUUUCGGGCCAUACACACGGAUCUGUUCUGUCACCAUUGUACAAUACUGUAUAGCGAUUUUCAACUACCGCAUAGAAGGAGAUCAUUAGAUGAAGAUUCCCAUGUAAAGAACUUUCCUUUCUCCUAUGAUGGGGUCCAACAGAGCUUAUAUUAUGAAGAGAUAUCGAUACCGCCAUUUCUCUA